CCCCCUUCCUUGUGAUGGGUAGCACAGUCCUGUCCAAAGGUCACACCUGAUGUGAGUUGAGUUAUCUCAUCACCAGUGCAGCUGGGACUGGAAACAUCCAGUGUACGCCAAUAGACAGUCAUGUGACAAGCCGCUGUGAUGGACGAGUCGAUGCGCCACCGCAACUAGGGCAUCCACUAGCGAUGAUCUGUUGAUAUUUUUGUCCAAACAUCUGUGGGAGAAAGGGAAGAUACGAGUCGCCCGCUUUAAUUGCUGGUUACAUUUAUUCCACUAGGGGCAGGCUACUUCAUAUACAACUGCAAGUUCAAACGACGCUAGUAGUCGCUACUAGUCCUGCAGCUGACUGUCAAUGGAGCUACAGUGCAUUAAUUGGGGGGAGGCCGUGGACGAGGCCUUGUCAACGAAAAGUUACCAGAUUUACAUGUGUUCUCGGUCCCCUUCUCCUCCGCCGUUAUACUCCCAAGGAGAAACGUGUGUUCCUGAGUCCGAAGAGAGCACCGCCGACGAGGCGGUCGACAUGCCCGUGCGCACUGACGACGACUACACCAGCUCGUCAGAGGCCUGCACCGCCUCGGUCUCGCUCAACCCACCUCCCCCGAUAAACACCGUGCAGCCGGGGGUGACCACUUCUCUUCUCUACGGUGGCGCACAGUUCCAGGGAUACCAGAAAAGCAAAGGCAGCUCCUAUGACGUGGAGGUAGCGCUACAGCAUGUGACCAUGCAGGACUCCUAUCUGUGUGGAUACCUGAAGAUCAAAGGUCUUACUGAGGAAUAUCCAACUCUUACCACGUUUUUCGCUGGAGAAAUUAUCAGCAGGAAGUGCCCGUUCCUGACCAGGAAGUGGGAUGCUGACGAGGAUGUUGACCGCAAACACUGGGGGAAGUUCCAUGCCUUUUAUAAGUAUGCCAAGACGUUUAACUCGGACGACUUUGACUAUGAAGAUUUGAAGAACAGUGAUUUUGUUUUCAUGCGCUGGAAGGAGCAGUUCCUAGUACCUGACCACACUAUUAAGGAUAUAAGCGGAGCGUCCUUUGCAGGAUUCUACUACAUCUGCUUCCAGAAAUCAACAGCUACCAUAGAAGGAUACUACUAUCACAGAAGCUCAGAGUGGUACCAGUCCCUCAACCUCUCCAAUGUCCGCCAAUACAGCACUGGCAUUUAUGAGUUUCGGUGACACUUUGCUGCCCAAUGGGACUUGAACUGGGUAGAGGUGACGGUGGCGGUGUGGGGCAAAGGGUGGACAUGGUGCCAACGUCCAGCCAGCCAGAACUACUGGCAGCAGAGAGCCCUGGAAGGUCGGGUAGGGGAUGUAGAGGAUUGGGUGGUGCACAGGAGCCAGGGUCUGGGAGGGAGACACGGCCAGGCCCCCCUUUCUCUGCAGACUGGACACGCAAGAACCUCCAGGAGGAGACAGGAGCUGUCUGGGGACACAUGGGAAUUGGCUGGCACACAGCAAGCUUGGGUUCUUUUUGAAGACAUAUUUAUAUCUAUCUAUCUUACACACACACUUUCUCUCUCUCUCUCUCUCUCUCUCUCUCUCUCUCUCUCUCUCUCUCUCUCUCUCUCUCUCUCUCUCUCUCUACUUCUCAGUGUGUGGGUUUUUCAGCCUCUUUUUUACUUACAGCAUUUUUACGGUUUUCUUAUUUUGAUUUCUUUUUUUUAAACUGUGUUCAGAGAGGGGAGUUACAAGCUUUCAUGUUCUAUGGUGACAUCGUGUUUUGAACAGGUUGACUCUGUGUGAUACCUGUAUAAUGGUCGAGUAUGAAAGAAAGGGAGGGGAGGAAAAGGAUUUGUAUUUUUAAUAUAUUUUUAAAUAGUUUAUCUAAUAUGCUAAAGGAUGCAUCAUUGCUAGAGUUUGAGAAGGUAGUGAGUUGUUAGACUCUCCACUAAUCCAAAAUACAGCGGUGCCAGGGACAGAGGCAAGGCGAAUUCCACCUCAUUACAACAGAUUGGACCGCUGAAAUUAUUCUGAAAGCAUUAUUUUAAAGUUCAAACAAAUACUUAUUGUGGCUUUAAGAGAGUUGUUACCAGCAUGUAGCCAUCAGCCGGAGUGUAGUGGGAAACUAGUGGGGACUAUACUUACUGUAGCGAAAGGGUGUAGAGUUGCCCCGCCGGUACUAGAACCCAGACCUUCUCGGGUACCCUACUGGGGCUCUGACCGCUACAUGGCCACUCCAUCACACUUCCAUUGCAGUAUUAUAUCUGUCAAAAACUGUGCUCCAAGUCCUUUUUACAGAAUGUGUGUGAGAGAGAGAGAGA